CCAGGAUCAUGCGGUAGACGUUAGACUCUCCGUUGGAUGAUCACCAAGUGAUCGACACUUUCAAGUGUUCACAGAAAAAACGAUAACCAGACGACCGUAUUACAGCUUUUCAGACGCACCCUUCGACGAACUGUGAUUUCCAAAAAGGUUUGGUACCGUUUGAUGACCUACCUCAUAAGAUCGCAGAAUUUGCAGACAAACAGUAAUAAAAAUGUGAUUACGACAAAACCAACUGCAUUGCUUACCGACUGGAGUUUUACUUCAAUUCAAAGUCGCUGUUUUUUCUCGAACGAACACAAUACUACAGCUGCCAAUUCCUUGUGGACAUGAAUUACUCCGGCCGAUAUUGUACAUUACUGCUUCUAGUAAUUUUGGCUUCCUGUGAAUGCGCGGAAGAAGUGCAGGUGCAUUUGCAAAUGCGUGAAGAAACUCCACCCCAUACAAGAAUAGGAUCCGUGUCUUCCUCACUCCCUGCAACACUGGGAACUAAACUGCAUUUUUUAACAGAUAAUACAUUUUUCUCCGUAGCCCCUAACACGGGUGAAGUUGGAGUAGCUCGUCUGAUCGAUCGUGAACGGUUGUGCCCAGACUUUAAAAUAUGUUGUGGUGUCUUGGCUUGUCAACUCGAUGCGUCAGUUUUUAUCACGAACAAAGAAACCGGUGAAUUUGCUGCCACUGUUAAUUUGAAAGUGGACAUACAGGACCAAAAUGACAACCGACCAGCUUUCACAUCCCCCAGUCAGAAAGUAGCUAUAUCUGAAUCUGCCUUGGUUGGCACACAUAUAAAUCUAGUUCCAGCAACUGAUGCCGACAUUGAACCAGUCAAUCAAAUACAGAGAUAUAGCUUAAUUGAACCUACCGGAACAUUUGUUUUAGACCUAACAGAACUUCCAUCGGUAAGAUUGCAGCUGACUAGGCCUCUAGAUCGUGAGAAAACGGAAUUAUAUACAGCUAAUUUGGAAGCAUGUGACCCGGGUGCUUGUGCUCGUCAGACGUUAGAGAUCCAGAUUUUGGAUGAAAACGAUAACAAGCCUAUUUUUAAGGUGACACGAUACAAGAAACAGCUUCAAGAAAAUAUUAAAGUUGGUGAGGUGGUCCUACAUUUGAAUGCCACCGAUUUGGAUGCGGGUGACCGGGGCCGCGUUCUGUAUGCAUUACACGGUACAGUAGACCCUGACUUGUUCGAAACAUUCGAAUUAGUCCGUGACACUGGUGAGAUCCGACUGAAACGGCCAUUAGCAGCAAACAUCCGGGACAACUAUCGGUUUAAAGUUAUCGCAUGUGAUGCGGUCAAUCCUGCGUGUGCAGGGGACGAAAACUCCACUGCUGAAAUAACCCUUCUAGUGGAAGACAUUAACAACUUUGCGCCAACCAUUCACACCGUGGCUGCUGGAGCAGCACUUGCAUCUGCUAACCCACCACCGCCGGAUUUCACGGGACAAAAGUCUAGUGAAGCGUCUUUCAGGGAGAGCUUGAGUAUAUUCGAAAAUACGCCACCUAGUCAAGUUGCUGUACUGACCGUGCGCGAUGCAGAUGUGGGUGAAAAUUCUCGCGUCACCUGCAGCCUGAAUGAGUCCAGUGGCGACGACCUCAACAGACCAUUCAUUGGCGGAUCAGUAUCACCUAACUUCAUUUUAACUCUCAGUGCUCCUGGAAUAUAUUCCCUACGGACUUCACGGAUGUAUGACUAUGAAAUCGAACCUGUUGUGAGCACCAAGGUUGUUUGUCACGAUUUUGGGAAACCGCAUGCUCUCACUUCGGCUCGUGUGAUCACUGUCCGGGUAGUGGAUGUGAAUGAGUUCCAACCGGAAUUUUCUCGCCGUGUGUACGUUGGACGUGUUUCGGAAAAUUCCCCAGCCGGGAAGGAAAUACUCACAAUCACUGCCACAGAUCGCGAUCGUGGUGCUGUUCUGAGAUAUUACUUUGCUCCAGUUAACACGGAACAAUCAACUUGGGAUGAAUCUGGACGCUCGGAAUCGGCAACCGCUAUGGAUGAUGCUGGUUUAUCUCGGAUAGAAUCGAACAAGUAUUUCGUAAUGGAACCAGAAACAGGGGUUAUUAGGACUAGUCAGAUCGCCCUUGAUCGUGAAACCGUCGUCGGUGUCACCCUUGUCGUGCUGGUGUCCGACUCUACUAUGCCGCCGAAGUUUACAGCCACUACAACCGUAUCUAUUGAAGUUAUUGAUGAAAAUGACAAUGCGCCGGUAUUUGUGAAUCCUCCAGCCGAAUCCUCUGACAGAGUAAAAGUGAAACCAUUCACGGUGAUGGAGAAUGCUCCAAGAUUUACACGCUUGAGUGAAAAGUUGGAAGCACGGGAUCCAGAUCAGGGUGAAAAUGGACGUGUUCAGUUCUCCCUUUUGGACACGUACGCGCUGACCCGAUCAUCGCGGCAAGGAUCUACAAACAUCAGGACUAAUGGACAGUAUUCCGAUUCAAGGUACAAAGAGAUCUCUCAUCAGUCAGAUCCCAUUGACGAUCUGGGCUUAUCCAAACGAGUAGUCGAUCAACCCAUUUUUCGCGUCACGCCUGAUGGUGUAAUCGAAACGCUAGUUGAACUAGAUAGAGAGAUAGUGCCAGCAUACAUUCUGAAAGUUGGUGCUCAGGACCGUGGUUCGCAACCUCUGGCAUCUACAAUAAUGUUGCGGAUAGAUGUGUUAGAUGCCAAUGAUAACUCGCCAGUUUGGGUGUUUCCCACACCUAUGGACCGAACAAUCAACCUAACCACUGCUAUGAAGCCUGGCAGUUUGGCAGGCAGGUUACGAGCAGAGGACGCCGAUAUAAACGAAGCUGGUAGGGUCACUUAUCUGUUUCUGGGACCAAGGGGCGAGCCACUGAGAGGCGUCAGCUUGGGUGAAGGUCUUCUGGAUAGUUUGGCCUUGGUAAGAAACGGUGAGAAGCCACCAACAAAUGAGCAACAACGAUCAGCCUUACAGACGGGGCCUGGCCGACCACAUGAAAAUGGAUAUCGUGUCGGCCCUUUAUAUUUAAACGGUACUACCGGUGAAAUCUGGAUAGCAGAUGUCCUUACACCUGGAGCAAUCAACCUACACCUUCGAGCUCAAGAUCGCGGGAAACCUGUGUCUCAAACUGACGCCUGGCUUACCAUCAACGUAUUUGUUGAUCCCAGUGACGACCCAAGUUUCUUCAACUUCACCGGGGAUGGAACCUUAAACGUGACAAUCAUUCUUGUCAUGAUCACAAUCACGGCGAUAGUCUCAUUAUUUCUUAUUGUGGGAAUAGUGUGUGUUCGUCGAAGACCUGUUCGUUACAACGCAACUCCAAUCAACACCACCCCUAACGGAACUACUUCUCCUGGCCAUAUGACCACUUAUUCUGCAGACAUAAAUAAAGAUUAUAUGGCUGGAACGAUGAACACGGGAACUUGGUCAUCUCCGCUGAGUGUGUACACUGCUGGUCAGUAUUAUCCAACACUUGGUUCGGUUGGUAACCCACUGCUGGAUGACGGCCAGAUUUUCACCACAAUUGGGGGCGCGGGGAUGAUGGGAUACGGUGCAAUGGUAGCCCCAAGUGAUACCGCAAGUUUGAUUUAUGUUCCACAACCGCCACCCCCUCAAAGUGUAAUGGGAUCAGUCGCUGGGGCGUCAGUGACACCGGUCCCCUUAGAACAUGGUGUGGUCCCGCUGGAAUAUACUGGACGGGGUCAAAUGAACACUUUUGGAACACUGAACCGAAAUCGUGGCACACUAGGUGGAGGGUUCUAUACCGGUCCACCCAACUGUGGUAUUUCAUAUGAGCCACAUCUGGACGGCGACAGUGGAGACUCUGGACGUGGACCAUCCGAGGAAGGCAAUCAGUUUCUACUCACAGAAAAUUAUAGAAAUAGCUCAACGACGGCCGCAGCACCUGGUCACUACAACACCUAUUCCGGUUACAGACCUUCAAGUCGUGCAGGAUACUACCGGAAUGGUUUGGAUGGAUCCAAUGGAAUGACAGGUUUACAUGCACUGAACUGCCCGACUGUCUGUUCAGGUGGACCCUGUGCCUGCUACACGCUUACAGAAAACAGUGUAGUUCAGACAUCAGUGCAGGCUUAUGAGGGAGCUGAAUGCAACUCAGCGAUAUUUGUCCCAUCAUAUAUAGCUCCAAGAUCAAGUUUAGAUAUACCAUUGCCACCCCCACCACCCCCACCACCCAGAAGUCCUGUUAUUCCUGGGUCUGGAAUUAUUUCCAGAAAAUCGGUUUUCACAGACGAACCGACUGCACAGGUGCAUCAAUCGCAAACUCCAGACUGCUUCAUGCCUACUAGUUCUCCCUUUGUUGGAACAGCUAAACAAUCUCAGAAUAUAUAUUCUCAGCCGCCAGGCACCAACCGGUUACCGAAAGCAGCCAGUGAAAUGAACGACGACCUGCCAAACGGAUCCAUUACUCCAGUCAGAAUUGACCUCCGUAAGGCUAGUCUGAGCGGUUUGAGCAAUGGAAGCGAAGAAGAGCAUAAACAACGUGGUAAACCAGCUGGUGCUGUUCCAGUUCUCCCACCACUUGCCAUGAAGAAGAUGGAGACCUCUGGUAUGAACGGAGAGCCAACAUGAUUCUGGACACAAUCAUAUCUAUCUCAGAUCAACUUGCUUACCUCAAAAUCAGAACGCCAGGCCACCGCUUUUCAUGGUACAGUGUGCGCUGUCACAGAAGAGUGAUAUUUGUUCAUUCACGUCAACUCCGAUACCCGAUCUCUGCAGACUCGAAAACAAGCGUUUCACUUUUCUAUCAGUAUUUCAAUGGUCCAUUUAGUUCAGAAUUGCUCAGGCAAUAGAAUAUCAAGCAGACAUAGAAACAGCGAGCAUCUAUAUACAUCAUAUAUACUUGUGCUUUAGACCUGGAUUCAGACAGCUGCUCAAAAUCGAAAACAUGAAACGAGCAGUUUUCUUUUGCUAACCGACCACUAAGCUCCUUCAAAAUAAAACUCAGUGAGAACGUUGCAUGCUUCUCAAAAUCCGGUCCGCAUUACUUCAAUUUGUGAAACAUUCUUCCAUUCACUGUUCUUUUUAACUAUCCUGUCCUGAAAUUAGCCAUAACUUCGAUCCCGUGCUUCCUCCCACUCUUUCGCAUAGGAAAUCCCAUCGACUUUGUAAAUGUAAAUAAGAAAAACGAAUCAAUCAUGUUACAAAGCGCUUUGAAAUGGACAUGGUUUGGAGGCUUAAUAAUUAUAAACCGUUUAUAUAUGCCAC